UUCUCACGGGGCUGUCAGUUUACCUCGGUGCUGGCUGAGAAUCCGAAGUGGAUGCGAUCUCCCUUCGAAGUAGUCGAUCGUGUUCGGCUCCCGUCCUUUUUCUCUCGGCGGGCACUUCGUCAUGCUACCCACGCCUCCCAUUUCAGUGGUUGCAACCCCCUAUUUUCACCCGAAUUCUGUGUUUUUUUGCGAGUUAGAAAAGAAAUUGCGCUAGAAAAAAAAACAGACCAGUUUACUUCAGAGGAACGAUUUUUACGCGCCAGAUCAUUUCAUUCGGAAAUGAUUGCAGUUUAAAUGAGAAGUGUCUUGACUUGGUUCGACUGAACAUACCAGCGAAUAGUAUUUCUCUAAUUUUCUACUCUUUUUCCGCUGUCACGUUUGUUUUUCUGUUGUCUUUUUUUACACUACGCGACUUAACCGUUUUUGUGCUUCAAAAGAUAGUAAGAACGAGAUGAUUUCCUGUGCAGGAGCUGACUGGACUCAUGUUUAGCAAGGGGAUUCGGCGAUGAAUGACACUUUUUAGUUAUUUUUUUCACUCCAUGAUGUUCUAAUUUUUCAUGGAACCGUGGAGACUUUCUAGUAAAUUUCUAAAAUUCUCUACAGACGUUUUAGGACCAUUCUAAAUGCAGAUAUAGACGUAAAAAGUGCGUGCGUUUUCGUUUGUGAACCUUCAAUAUUUGCUUUUUCGCCUCGAUUCACGCGUAUCUCACUGACUCUCGAAUGUCAACUGUGCGGCUCCAAAAAUGUGAAUUUUCUUACGGCAAAGUCACGUGAAAAAAUUCAAUCAAAGAUCAAAAGAGACAAGUACGGUACUUAUGCGCCAUGUUCAAGAUUCCUUGUGUUUUGGAAAAUAUUUCUCUCCUCGGAGUGACAAAAACCAUGUACCCUAGUGCGUAUUAAACAAAUUUUGCCUCUUUCACGUCGAAGUAUACGAUACUCGAUGAUGGUAUCAAGCCUAAAUAGGGCAAAGUGCAAUCUUUGUCAGGGCAGUGUUAGUGUGCUUAUUCACGCUGUACUUUCCUAACCGUUGUUCACAAAACCUUGCGUCUUCUCUCCCGCUUUUCGAGUUUUGGUGCCGGCUUUUCCUCUUUGAAAAUGACGGUGAGUUACCAGUAUGAGGUGGCCUCUUCGACGAGCGGUGGUUUCACGAAACUCCUGUUCAUGUGGCGAGGAAGUCUUUACAAACUCAUCUACAGGGAGUUACUGCUGUUUUUGGCGGCCUUUGGAUGCCUCAGCGCUCUCUACCGGAAUCUCUUCACCCCGGAUCAAAAACGGGUGUUCGAGAAGAUUGUGGCAUAUUGCGAUACAUUUAUAACACUCAUUCCCCUCUCUUUCGUGCUGGGUUUUUAUGUCGCAUAUGUGGCUGGUCGCUGGUGGCAACAAUAUGUCGCCAUUCCUUGGCCUGACAAGGUGAUGCACUCGAUUGCACUGUUCGUGGAGGGUGAGACUGAACACGACCGUGUCAUUCGACGAACCCUGAUGCGGUACCUAAAUUUGACUCUUAUUCUGGUCCUGCGCUCUAUCAGCUCGGCAGUGAAACGGCGAUUCCCCACUAUGGAUCAUCUCGUGGAAGGAGGUUUCAUGACUGGCGCAGAGCUUCAAAUGUUUCAGUCUGUUCCAAGUGUAGAGUUUAACACCUACUGGAUUCCGUGUACUUGGUUCAUUGGGGUACUGAAGGAGUCCAGGAGGACAAACAUGAUAAAUGACUCUCAAGGCCUGAAACUCAUAAUGGAGGAAUUCAACGAAUUCCGUUCGAAAUGUGGGCUUCUGUGGAGCUAUGACUGGAUCAGCAUUCCUUUAGUUUAUACUCAGGUUGUCACUAUUGCAACGUAUUCUUUUUUUCUCGCUGCCUUAAUAGGACGUCAGUAUGUAGAUGGGUCUAAAAAACUGCAGCUGGAAGUAGACAUUUACAUUCCACUUUUUACAAUUCUCCAGUUUUUGUUUUUUAUGGGAUUGUUGAAAGUUGCCGAACAACUGAUCAACCCGUUUGGUGACGAUGAAGAAGAUUUUGAGCUGAACUGGCUGAUUGAUCGGCACACUAAGGUUUCGUAUCUUGGAGUAGACAUUUUAAUGCAACAAAGACCACCUAUCGUGAAAGACAAAUACUUUGACGCAGAGAACAUUGUCCUUCCGUACACUGAAGCAUCCGUGCCGUAUAAAAUAAAGACUUACCGGGGAUCUGUCGCACAUAUGACGGUACCUGAAAAUCAACAGUCAAUGUUACUUCCUGAGGUGUUGGAAGAAGAAGAGGAAGAAACAGCCACGAGUAGCACGCGACAUGCUUCACCUAAAGUCUCUUUGUCAAAUAUAUUUCCUGAAGACGGAGGUGAGGCUGGAGACGGCUAUUCCACACCAGGUACUUGGCGGAAAUUUAAAGAUCUGGAAAAUGGCGGCAUCCUUAUCGAAAAUGCUCGUGAUCCUUUGGAAAGAUUCAGGACCAGUCCGAAUGAACGUCACUGGGAGUCAGCUGCAACACUUGAAAGUUACUGCUCUGAUCCGAGCAUCAAUGGGGUGACAGCGAUCCACCAGGAGGUGGCAAAAUCGGACGAGCCUCAAAGUCCGCUUCGACGAAACAGGAAGCAAUUCGAGGAGAGCCUUCGGAAUCUUACCGGCGCCAACGAGAACCCCAAGAAACUGGUAAAACAUGGCAGUGCUUUUGAGUUGACAGGGAAUUCUCAAAUAAAAGAAGACAUAUUUUCCUCGAGAGACUCAAUCAAACCUGAAAGCCCCUCGCUAACGCCCAGGAGGAGGUUCCAGAGCUACCCGAAAAUAUUAGCGCGGCGUCGGACGACUUCCGGGAUUCUCUGGCGGCCCGUGUUGGAUAAUCCCUUGGGAGACAGCAGAAGUGAAAAUUUGGACCGAUGUAGCAUAUCAAAUCUGAAACAUUCUUUCAGCCGAGGCAGCGAAGUGAAUAAGUCGAAUACGUCCAAAAAAUCGACUGCGUUACCGCAUAAACUAAUGAAAAAACCCAGCGAGAUCAGUAUCAAUGAGCUCCACAGCGUGGAGGUUGAGAGGGCUGUGAAAAUGAAAAAUCUUGAAAAUUUGAAGGGUCAGGGUGAGGUCAGGCCUAGUGCCUCAGAGCUAAGUAAUCAGACCAAAAGUAGGACGGAGCCCCAGGCUACUAUCGUAAAGGAACAAGCCUACAGUGUAGGGAACAAGAGUAAUUCCGAUAGGGUGUAUUUUGUUGGAGGCAAUGACUCAAAAUCGAGAGGAGUUCCUGGAUCCGGCAGAAAAGAUUCUGAGAGUGAAUGGAGUACGUAUAUUUAGCAUGAAUUCUCUUGCAUUUUGAGGCCGAUGUAUCUCAAAGUUUUCAACAACUCAAGUCUUCCAUUUUUUAUUUCUUUUUUAUGCACUCUCGUGAACUCUAGGGAUCAAAGUAAGGGGCGUAUAAAAAGUAGUUUUCCAGGUUUAAAAUUCCCUAAACCUCUCCCAAAAUUGCUGAAAACUUCUUUAAUUAUCUCUUAAAAAUUUGUUCAUAAAGAUAAAAAUGAAAAGUUACUAAGACAAGCCCAGUUUUCGGUGUGUGUUUAGGGUUAGUGCAUAAGUGUGCAUCAGUGGCGUGGCGUGCAUUGCGAUAUAUCGAUUGAACUGCCAUUAAAAUCCAUGGAAAAUGAUCGAUAAUCCGGGUGUUCGUAACGAACACCUCAAUAAUCGAUUCUUCACCAUAGCUUCGAAUGGGAAAAUAUCGAUAAUCGAUCAUUCACGCCUCGCCACUCGUGUGCCUCUCUAUCACAGUUUCCUCAGCGAGAGGGUUUAAUCCUGGAAUUUCGGGGGAAGCUCUUUCUUUGAUCGCUACUCCAAAUGUGUCUCUGUUCCUUCUUAUUCCUAAGAAAAUUUAUCCUAAGUAAGUUUCAACUGGAUGCGGUUCUUGUUAUCAAGGUUCAAAUGAGGAUGUCGCGACAUUAAUCUUCUUUUUCCUCGCUGUCCAGCAAAGAUAUUGGCUGCUCCAAACUGAACGUGGGUCGUUCUUGAAGAAAUUAUUUUCAUUUUGCUACCGCUUCGAUCUUAAAAGUGGUAUAAGAUGUUGUUUGCAUGUGAAAUUGCGUCGGAGCGUAUUCAAAUUCUGACCUCUUUACCGAAGGUACAGUGCAAAUUACUUAUUUGCACCUUAUUGUCGACUCAUCAAGAGCCAAGACAAUUUAAACUGAAUUUCCGAACUGAGGCAUAUCUUUUCUCUUGGGAAGCAGUUUUAAAUUUUCAUCACAAAUAUCCAGUUUUAAAAAUGACGGAUCCGCUUGUCAAUCAUACAAAAAUAUUAAAAAAUCGAAUAUUAUGUUAUAGCCGCUCAGAGAUAUAAUGAUGUUUGGUUCAGUAAAACAUUAGCUCAUUGUUUUAAAGUACUAUUCAAAGCAUUCCAUACUCGUUUGAUAGGGUUGUUUGAUUGUGUGUUAGUAAAGUUAGAAAUUAUAUUCAAUUUGAAUAUUUUAGUUUUGACUGUGAAUCGGAUUUUACAUUUCUGUCUAGCCCCUUAGUGUUUUAUUAAAAUUGUUAUAUCUUUUAGAGUAGAUCCCUGUUGCACAGUCAAGUUACGAGCAAACCGAGCCACCCCAAAUAACUGCAAAUCUCAUUCGUAAUUUGAUCGUGUAAGAAGGACCCAUAGUAAAGUCUUUUAAAUUACAUCUGGAUAGACUAGAAUUGCGCAUUUAACUUUGUGCGACCCAGAAACAUCUAACUCCAGAUUUUUAAAUGUGUUCGUUGGUACAAAAAUUCCUCCAAAGUAAUCAAAUUAUUAGCGCUAUGUUUACACGCCCAUUAUUUAUUUGAUUUUUAUAGAUAUUCGUGUGGGGCACACGGUAAAAAAAAUUAGCGGCAGUAUCCGCACCCCGAGAAUUUUGGCGGCUGGAGCCGAGAUUUGCAGUCCCGGCUGACGAAAUUCGGCAGAAUUGCCGAAUGCUCGGUAGAGUACACUGUAGUUCUGCCAAAAUUCGGCACCCGGGAUCGCAAAUCUCAGCUCCAGUUGCCAAAAUUCGCGGAGAGUGGAUACUGCUGCCAAAUUGUUUACCAAUUCAAAUCACAAUAGUUACCCUUUAUACUGUGCCUUUGUACUGUGCUUAAUGUCGUAUUGAUACUUGUUUUUACUAUUUUUAUUCCAUUUUUUGAGAAGUUAUCGAUCUUUGAAUGUUAUAAAAAAACGGUGAAAUUUCACAUACCCUCCACAUUAUAUUAGCUAUCUCUUUAAACGAGAGGCUGUCUAAACUUUGUCAUGACUAGUGUGUCACCGUUUAUUUGUAUUCGGACAGUCAGCGACGUAUAAGAUGUAUUGCAUUUCAGUAAUUUCUUUUUGUUGUAAACUGUAGAACUCUCAUCAGACGUUCUCUGAUUUAUGAAUAAAAGACCAAAUCGAAAGUUAAGGGUAAAAUUAGUUUGAAUAAGCGAUAGAAUCAUCUCGAUUCGAAUCAUUAUGAAUAAUGUAUCAUCAUUUUUUGUUUUCCUCGUUACAGUUGUAGUAUUGUAAAUCUGUGAUAUUAAUGAAUUUCCUGUCUUAUCAUACUUAAAAUGUAUGUGUUUUGCAUGCUGAGAACAAUUCAAGUUGUACCUCUCACCCGUGUGAGUUUUGUCGUGGUUACCUUCGGUGUCUUAGUUUACCUGCAUCCCUCCUUCCUUAUUUAACAUUUCUUGAAAAGUGGGAUUAGUUGAAGUUAGCAAUAUUUUCUUUAUUUUUAAGUGCAUUUAAAAGUGUCGAUGAUUGUUCAUUUUUGCAAACACUUAACAAUUCUAUCAUUUAUUAAAAAGAGUAUACUUGAAUAAACUUUUCCAAACUUGUAGUAUA